AUGUCGGGUAAGUUUGUGCGAGGUGAAGGCUUUGAAGCUUUGGAGGCUCAGUCAAGUGAUGAUUCCUUUGAGGCGCAGCGUGUCACCCGGAAUAUUGACCCAGAGGAGAGUGAUAUCUACGUAGAUGCACUCUUCGCACCUCUUUACAGAAAGAUGGAGCGCAUUCAACAAGAUGGCACGCCAAGGCCCAGGAUCAAAGAUUAUAUGGUGGUUACGCCGUUUCUCGUCAUCAAUUUCCUGGUCCAGAGUGGCAUCUCGUUGAAGGUCCUUGGGAUAGCUAACAAAAGCUAUGAUGAUACAGCCGGCAAACUCUUCGGAGAUGAUGAGCUGUGCCAGACAAUUCACAACAACUCGAACUUUUAUGGCAAUCUUUGGCCCGUUGAGCUGCAGGCCGCCAUGGGACAGUUCGAGACAGGCUUUGACUGUGGGCAAAGACUGGUAACUUGGUCAAUGUACCCACAAUUGUUGGACUUUAAUGGUGACAAGCUGUGGAGCAUUUCAGAGGCUGAUGAAAAAACGCGACAGUUAACAAAUGCCGGUCUGACUCCCCCCGGGGGGGAAGGAGGAAUCAGGAGGGCAUUGCUCCGCAUGAUUAGUGACGACCUGGCAAAAUCCCAGAAAGGUGGAUAUGUCACCCGGAGCCAGAAGGGCUCACAUCUGGAUCUGGAAUGGUUUGCAAGGAACCGACAGAAGCUGAAGGUUUGUGUCGUAGCGGACAAGCAUCUCUGCGGAAAUUUAGAGUCCAAUGAUAAGUUCAAUGUCCUCAAGGAUGCCUUCCCAGACCUUGAUGAAGAUGAGCGCCCAAUGGCAUGCAAGGGUUUGGAGAAAAAGUUCUGCAGGAGGAUUUUUGGGCAGCAGUAUUAUGGAGUAUACCUACACACACAGAAGGUUUGCGGCACGGCAGAGUUCGAGGCUGACACCCAGGGCAUUCAAGUAGCAGAGUAUGAGAACGUGGACACGUUCAUUGGGGAAAGCGACUCGGUUAACAGCUCAGAUUUCGUGAUAUUGCUCACCAUGCUGUUGCUAAUAUGGGGGAUGAUCAUGCUCCAAGAGUUUCGAGCUAUUCGAAACUUAGUCAUCGUGUUGUGGUUAUUCCCUUCCACUCGCAACUCGGACCGUGACUUCGCGGUCAUUGAGGAAGGCAAGAUGAAAGUGGUGGCCAUACCCUUCCUGCACAAAUGUUUUUCCUGGGUCAUGUGCCUACUGAGGGCAGCGCUUGCAGUGUUCAUUUUCUACGUAGGCCUACGCUUCCUCUCCACCACGUCGAGCUUGCUGGACUUGAUCUUGAACUCCACCGCGCUCGGGUUUCUCAUCGAAGUUGACGCGUUCAUUUCAGCCGCCUUUUUGGGAGAGACAUUCCGCUCCACAGUGAAGGAUCAUUGCGAUGUCAUUCAGGUAGAUUCAGGGGCGGCCCCAGGGAUAUGGAUCUAUGCAGUCCCUCCGUUGAUACUGAUCGCUGUUUUGGGACCGUGGCUCUAUUACACCUACUACAGUGAGUGGGGCCUCCGAAACAUAGCAAGGGCUAUGCAGUGUCUGUGCCAUGCCGAAGGGCAAUGCCUAGCUACUCAGAUCUUAAAGAGCUGA